UUCAAUAGGAGAAGAUCGAUCUCCUUCUCCACAAUUGAAGAUCCCAAAGCUCUGUCAGUCAAAAUUCUUCAAGUAAAAGGGAAUGAUGGGUGACAUGAGCAUGAGCAGAUGGAUAUGCUUGAUGCUACUCUGUUUAUUGCAUAAGGGACAAGCUAUAUGGUUGACUGUUCCCUCCAUUGGAACCAAGUGUGUUUCUGAAGAACUUCACAACAACGUCGUCGUUUUGGCUGAUUACUAUGCCCUUCCCGAUGAUCAUACCCAUCCCAGCCCCACACUUUCCGUCAAGGUCACCUCACCAUUUGGGAACACCCUUCAUCACAAAGAGAACACGACACAUGGUCAGUUUGCCUUCACAACAACUGAGGCUGGCAACUAUCUAGCUUGUUUUUGGGUUGAAGAUGGUCAUAAUCCAGGAGGUAAGAGCUUAAAUGUUGGCCUUGACUGGAAAACCGGAAUUGCUGCCAAGGAUUGGGAUUCAGUUGCCAGAAAGGAGAAGAUAGAGGGUAUUGAACUUGAGCUGAGAAAGCUUGAGGGAGCUGUGGAGGCCAUUCAUGAAAAUUUGAUAUACUUAAAGACCAGAGAAGCAGAGAUGCGGGCAGUUAGUGAAAUAACUAAUACGCGGGUGGCUAGCUUUAGUCUUGCAUCCUUGGGAGUCUGCGUCAUGGCAGCAGUUUUACAAAUUUUGUAUCUGAAGCGAUAUUUCCAAAAGAAGAAGCUAAUUUAGAUAGCAGAUAAAAUCUUAGGACUAGCAUCAUUUGGCACUUUUUAUGUGAUUUUAGUGGAUCUAGCUUUAACUGUAUCAGAUAUUGAAGGCAAAGGUUUCAUGCCUUAGAUUUGUUCUUCACUUCAUCAUUUCAGUGGACAUUGUUGUUGACUACUUGUACAUUUUCUGAAGCAGUCUUGCUUAUUUAAGCAGCAGAAUUCUCUCUA